AAAACCGAUCGAGCACUCUCUUGCAUUGCAUGCUUCGUUAAACUCAGAAACUAAACUCUAGAGAGUACUUUUUCUCAUCAUUAAGCUAAAUAAUCAAAUUCCUCCACCCAAUGGCCCUUAGUACCGCCGCUUAUGAUCGACUGCCGGAGCUGAAGGCCUUCGACGAAACGAAAGCCGGCGUCAAAGGGUUGGCCGACGCCGGGAUCACAGAGCUCCCUCGAAUCUUCCACGCGCCGCCGCAUCUCAUCAACGGCAGCCCAACCGCGCCAGCCGACGACCCAAACUUCACUUUCCCAAUCAUCGACCUGGAAGGCGCGUGGGGAAAAGAUCCCAUCAAGCGAGCUCAGAUUGUCGGCGAGAUCAGGGACGCGUCGGCAAACUGGGGAUUCUUCCAGGUCGUCAACCACGGCGUCCCCGCGCGUGUCGUCGACGAAAUGAAAGCCGGUGCCCACAGGUUUUUUGAGCUGGAUGUUGAGCAGAAGAAGGAAUUCUUCGGCCGUGACAUGACCAAAAAAGUCGUCUACAACACCAACUUCGACCUGUACAGUUCGCCGGCAGCGAACUGGCGGGACACCAUCCUCUUUCACAUGGCACCGGAUCCGCCGGAGCCGGAGCAGCUGCCGAUCUGCUGCAAGGAUAUCGUAACGGAGUUCUCCAAAGAGAUUUUAAGUUUUGCAGAUUCACUUUUCGGGUUAUUGUCCGAGGCUCUGGGUUUGAGUUCGAAUCACUUGAAAGAACUGGGUUGUGCAGAAGGAGUGGACGUGGCCUACAAUUACUAUCCGCCAUGUCCGCAACCAGAGCUCACUCUGGGAGCAACCCAGCAUACAGACACUGCUUUCAUUGCGAUGCUCGUGCAAGAUCACAUCGGAGGGCUUCAGGUUCUUCAUCAGAACCAUUGGGUCGAUGUGCCUCCUAUGUCACAAGGUUUGGUGGUCAACAUCGGAAACCUUCUUCAGGCAAGGGUUUUUUUUUUUCAGGUAAUGUCUAAUGAUAAGUUUACAAGCGUAGAGCAUAGAGUGCUGUUGAAAGGGGCUGGACCGAGAGUGACUGCUAUUGCAUUUUUUGGUAUUGGAUACACAUCCAAUUCAAGGUUAUAUGGACCCAUAGAAGAGUUGUUAUCCGAAAGCGACCCUCCAAAAUAUAAGAAGACGACAAUUCAAGAUUUUGUUGCCGGGGCAUAUAAACAAGGUCUUGACGGGACCUCUUUUGUACAACUUCUUAAGCUUACGGACGAUUGA